CCAUUUAUGAAGUUGAUGGAUGUUUUGAGCAGAAUAGGAAAUGAGGUCUUUUAUCUCUCUCGUUAUAGGUCUUUGACUGCCAUGUUUGUGACAAGGGUUACUUUUGGCCUGUUGGCCCUGCUGGUCUUCUCCGCCGAGGGGAAGCCUGUCAAGGACAAGUCUGCUGAGCUGUCUGUGUCUGAACUGCUGCACAGAGCCAACAGAGGCAUUGUUCCUGAACCUGAUGAGCCCAAGCUAAUGGAUGACAUUGCUGUGAAUGAGAAAAAUGCUGAUCCCUGCACCUCCUACGGCUGCCUCUGGCCCAAAUACAGCGACGGCAAGAUUUAUGUACCUUACGUCAUCGCCAACCACUACUCUUCCCAAGAGCUGCAGAUCAUCCAGCGUGGUCUGGACUCUUUCUCCUACAGCACUUGUAUCCGCUUCUUCCCCCGCAGCAAUGAGAGAGACUAUAUUAGCAUUGAGUCUCGCAGUGGAUGCUACUCAUACGUUGGUCGUCAGGGUUAUGCCCAGACUGUGUCUCUGGCCCGUUAUGGCUGCCUUUACCACAGCACUGUGCAACAUGAGCUGCUCCACGCUCUUGGCUUCAACCACGAACAGACCCGCAGUGACCGUGACAAUCACAUCCAAGUCGUCUGGGAGAACAUCAGUGAUGACAUGAAGUACAACUUCGACAAAAUCAACACCCUGAACCAAGGAACUCCCUACGACUACAGCUCUGUGAUGCAGUACGAGAGAUAUGCUUUCUCCAAGAAUGGCCUUCCCACCAUGAUUCCCAUUCCCGACAAUAAUGUUGCGCUGGGCACAUCUACUGAGAUGAGCCAGAAUGACAUCAUCAGAAUCAAUAGGCUCUACCAGUGCUGAGCAACAGUACUUGCCUUCAGCACCCAGAUCCACAGACCAAACAACAACAACAAAACUUCACUCAAGUAUCAUGGAUGGUGUUGACUUCUGCUCUUACUUCACCAAUAAAUUUUCAAGAGAAUAUCAAACCCACUUGAUUUCUUAGGACUCUGGCCUGACUGACUGUGUGACAAAAGGGAUAAUUCACACUAAUUGAAUAAUUAUAAAACAGUGUUAAUGUUCCAUUUUCUGAUGUCUUCUAUAGUUUGCUAUUUUAAAAAUGACAAUGUAAAGAAAACAACAUUAUAUUUUAUUUAAUUGACGUGGGAACAUUUUAGAGUUUCCAGAAGUUCAGUAGGCCAUACCAUAUUCCUAAAUUUGAAGCUGAUGGGUCAUAUUUGGCUAAAACUUUCAUGCUUACGUCCGUAAACGCCUUUCCAACCCUUUUACUGUCUGUGGAAUCACCCAUUGUCAAAAUAAAGAAACUUCAAUGCUGUUGCACUGAUU